GGAGCUGUAUGGAUCCGAAGUUGAGGUAGAGACCAGGACGCGUUUGCAGAUAAAUAGGAAGAAGAUGCGUGUCGAAUCGUCUAACGUAAGACCUCAGCCUCCUCCCGAGAAGGAAAAUGAUCGGAUCUUGGAAGAGGGCCAAGUGAUUGAGAUCCGUCUAUUUGACUUGUGGAUCACUGGAAAGGUCUGGGAAGUCCUUCAUGGCAUCGCUGAGACUAAGAAUGUGUCUUUUUCUGUAGAUACUUAUUGGCUUGAUCAAAGAAUAUAUUCGGUGUCCAUGUCGCAAGUGCGAGUACCUCGGCAAUGGGUGGAGGGGAAAUGGGUUCCUCUACCACGGUUACCUUUGCAUCAUGAGGUUCUUGUUGUCCCUUCAAUCAAGAGUGGAGAUUCUUCUGCAGGCCUGAGAGACCAUUCUUCAGAACAAUGGAGGUCUAAAGGAAAAGCUUCUCUUCAAUUAGAAGACCCACAAUUUAGCAUUGGGUCUGAAGUUGAGGUCUAUGAAGAUUUUAUGGAUGGGUGGAAGCAUGCGACUGUCAAGGAAUUGCAAGGGGACCAAAUUCGAGUCCAGUAUAAGUUUGGUCUUGGAUUGAACAUUCUGAACAUGAGAUCGACAAGUUUUAUGAUGUGUCUCAAGCAAGGCUGUUGCCUCCUAAUAUAAGGGAUGAGAAAAUCACUUUUAAUUUGCACCAAGAAGUUGAAGUGUAUGACGACCAUUUUGAUGCAUACGGCGGUUUUUGGUGUAGGGGAGUGAUCUUGGAGAUACGUAGGGACAUGUUUGACUCAUGUUUUUAUUCCAUCGGCCGUCUGAAACUGGGCAUCAUCAAUGUGAAGGAAACUAGUUUAAGGGUUCGUCGAGAAUGGGUCAAUGGCCAAUGGGUUCAACCAGAGUCAUAUUUGUAUGUGGAGCAGCCAUUAAAACAAAGAAAAAUGGAUGAGGCUCCAUCAAUCAGAAAUGAGGUUGAAGUCUACAGCUUGUAUCACAGAGGAUGGAUUCCUGCGACCAUAUUGGGUUCAGUCGGAAACAAAAUUGAGGUUGAGGCUUGGAUGAAGAAAUACAAUGAAACAAAAAUGUGGAGACUAUAUCUUGAUGUGUCUAGAAUGAGGCCUCGACCAUCUAUGAAUAAAGAUAAUAAUUGGAUUUUCAGGGAAAAUGAAUCUGUUGAAGUGCUUGAAGUAAAUGGUUGUUGGCAGAAAGGAGAGAUUUGGGAAGUACAUGGUACAGGGAAGAACCUGUUUUAUUCUAUCAAGGCAAUGUGUGAGGACUGCAUAAAAUUGUACAUUGUAUCCAAGACUGAAGUAAGAGUUCGUCGGAAGUGGGUAGGUGGAAAAUGGUCAUCUUCAUCUUUUGAGCAGGUUAGUACUAAUGAUGGCAAGGGUGUUCAGGCUAGUAAUAGCAAAGGUGACCAUCAUGAAGAAGAUGAAUUUGUUGAUACUAGUGGUGAAGGUAGAGAAUUUACUAUUUCUGCAAUCAAGGAAGGAGAUACAAAGGUUGGCCCAACACUUAUUAAUGCACAUUCUAUGCUAGUUGAUGGCCAAGAGAAAAGUGUCGAGAUAGUUAUCAAGCAAGGGACUGAAGUAGAAGGAAUCAGUCAAGCACCAGAAGGAUACAAGAUUCCGGCCAAUGUGGCAUAUACAUUUGAUUUGAUUUGCACCCGUUACGGUGAUAUUUUUAGAAAUUGCACUGUUGAAGAGAAUUUACGAAAGCUUUGGACAAUUGAACUGUGUGGCGUAGUUCAUCAAAUGGAAGCUACCACUUAUGAAAGCGUAUCAGAAGACAUGAUCAAUAAGUGGUAUGAAGUUUGCUUAGGUCACAAAGAGCUGAAAAUUGAUAAUGAAUGGCUCAUGAACAGGAUUGGGGAGGUAAAAGAAGUUGUUAAAGCUAGAAUGGAUGUCUUGGAAUUGAAAAACAGUGAGAAGAAGAUUAUUGAUGAGAUAAUAAAGAUAGAUGUGGAAUGUGAGCAGUUGCUAUGUAAGAGAAGAAAACUCAUUGAGGAAGUUAGAAGUUAUGAACGAAAGAUGAAAACUAUGACUAAGUGUCAUGUCCUAGGCAGAGAGUGAUAUAGUUUAAAUGCAUUUUGUUUAAGGUAAAUGGUUGUAAAAGAAAAGUAUGAAUGGAUAUGUAAUGCCCAUUAUGCUUUAAAGUGUUCCACCUUAUAAUUAGUUCUAAAUACUAUGUAGUGGACAUCACUGAUUUGGUAUUAACUUUUGAAGCUGCAUUUAAUGCAAAAGUUUAUGAGUUACCUCACUGUUUGACAUUAGGGGUAUAAUUUUUCUCAUAA